AUGAUAGAUUCGGUACUUCAUGGGAAAUUCACUGGAGGUAAAACUUUGAGAAUUCAUUUCUUAUCUGUUAGGAACAUUAAAUGUAUGUUCUAAUGUAUAAAUGCAUAGUCAGUAAUAUGAUCACUAGAGCAAAGAAAAAUGCCCUUGACUGGGGAAAACAAAUUGGGUCCAUGUAGGGAACAGUUUAUCAGAACCCACAAUGAAGUCACUGAGCAGUUGGUCAUCUGUGUGAGUCCAAAUGCAGGAACUGAAUUUAAUGUUGCAGCAGUUCUAUCUUCAUAGACACUGAAGCUAAAUUCUGGCAGGAUGGAGUUGCUAAUGGUUGUUAGAUAUUGCCCAUUCACAGCAGGGUCAUGAUGCCCAUGAAGAGAGAAAUACACUGCUUGGAACCGCAAUUUUGUCCUGCUUUGAUGCUAGAUUCCUAGGUGGUAGCAGUGGGCUAAGGGACACUUUUUUACUAGCUUGGGUAGAUGCACCAGCUGAUUUCCUUUCAUAUAUAACACAUGCGACAGUAACUUCUCAUUAGUUUCUAUAAAAUGUCCAGUCUUGGCCUGCUGUUGAACAUUGGAAGCUUCAGCUAAUACAGAGUGCAGCAACCAAACAAACCAAACUCAUGUGAAGAGGAGAACAAACCACUCCUAUCCUGGAUUAUUUGCAUUGGUUCAUCUUAACUCAAGGUGACAAGUUUCCUGCAAUGCAGGAAUCUUUUGCCCAAUGUGGGGCUCAAACCCACGAGUCUCAUGCUCUCCCGACUGAGAUGUUAAAUGCAGUAAUCUUCAGAAAAAUCCAUAUUGUACCUCAGAAGAGAUAAACUGUAGUUAAGGCGGCUUGGCUGUUCACUGAAGUUUUCAGUAUGAAGGGUUUUCAUUGACUGAAAGUGUAUGCACUUGCCAGGAGUAGAUCUAGAAUCAGAACUCAUUUUCUCCCCUUUAAUAUUCAUUGGCAUUGUGUUUCCCAUAUACCUGAGUCAAUAUAAGCAUGGAACUGAGUUUUUGUGUCCAGGCAAAAGACAUUUGUUUCUAAGUUUUUGCUUGUAAUUUGGCCCCUUUCUUAUUUUUAGUCCCAUUGUCCUCUUUAACUUCAGGGCUAGUACAGUGGUCCCCUGGGAAGCAACUGUGCUUGUGUGCAGUGUUGCAUAUAUUUUUGUAAAUAUGCAUGGAUGUUUCUCUGCAGAGUGUCCCAACUCUUUGGAAAUGCUGUCAUAGGUAGUAAGAUGGAAACUGGCUAGGUAUGCUUGUAUUACAGUUUCUUGUGUUAUUCAGGAACAUGUUUUUUUAAUGUAUCAAAAAAUAUUUGAAUCGCUAUAUAUAUCUAUAUCUAUAUAUCUAUACAAAGAUGCUUAAUAAUAAUAAUAAUAAUUGUAUAUACCUUUCAUCCGCAGAUGCAAUGUAUGCAUUAUUUUUCACUAUGUUUAUUAGGAAAGAUACUUUUCUUCUUCAGCCCUUCUUUCCAGAUCCUAGGUUUACAAUAAUGCCUCCACAUUUUUCCUGUUACUUAUGUAUAUUUCUUCUGCUUUUUUCUAGGACGAAGUGGACUGGCCUGCUUGGCUUGUGGGCCUCAGCUUGAGGUAGUAAACCCAGUCACUGGAGAACGGCUGUCUGCAUACCAUUUUAGUGGAGUGACUGAACAGCCUCCCACUAUCCUUGCAGUGAAAGAGUUUUCCUGGCAAAAAAGAACUGGACUACUAAUUGGCUUGGAAGAAGCAGAAGGGAGUGUUCUGUGUUUGUAUGACCUUGGAAUAUCAAGAGUUGUCAAAGCAGUUGUUCUUCCUGGAAGGGUACAUACAUGGCUUUAAAUAUAAAAAUCAAGACUUUUGCUUUGUUGUAUACUUUAGAUAUUAUUUAUAUUUUAUUUCUUGCUGUUGGCAUCAAACCAAAUUCUCCCCUACAUAUUAGUGAUACCCUUUAAAACUGAAAUCCAGGUCUUAUCUUCACAGUGAUUAGACAAACUCCCCCUUUUCUCAGCAAGUGAAAGGCAGUUUAAGAUCCUUUAAUAGGAUUUGUGAAAUCAAUUGCAUGAGUGUAGUAGUACCAAGGAUGAGGGCAUUAAGCAGGCCAAGCGCUUAGUGAAACUGGAAAUGCAGCUCUUGGUGGAACAUAGUUUUGAGGCAGAUGGAAUAAGAGGAGGCAGGUGCUUUGCAGAAGUAGGGAGGCAAAAAUGUUGUUAAAAAGUGUGUGGACACUCCUGGGAUCUUUGUAUUGAUGGGCAUUCUCUGCUGUAUGUUCUCUUCACAGAAGACAAAAGUGCUUUUGUGUGUGAAGCCAACCAUUUGCCACUUUGGCAUCUUGAACUUAUUUUUCAGUCAGUUGGAAAGAGUUCAGAUUUGUUUUGGGUUCAUUUUCUGCCGCUCUAACUUUUCGACUACCUAUCAAUCAUAUUGAAAACUGGGAUGGCACAACUGAUAAACACAAAAAAGAGGAAGAAGUUAGUAGAACUGUAGCUUAUUUUAAGAUCAUUGCACUUUGGAAAAUUCCUUCCUUGUGGUCACAUUUUUAACAACAAUUCUCAGUGAACAAGAGUUAUAUCACAUAUCCUGGAUGUGAGAAAUGUUAAAACAUGCCCCUAAAGGAGUUUUAUGAAAAGCAUUGGGCAUAUGAUAAACUAUUUCCGGUAUCUGGAGUGUUCCUUGCUUCUUUUUUGCCUAUCAACAGUAGUAUUGUCAGAAUAGUGAGUUGCAUCCAUUCUGAUGUCAGCACAGCAAUCUGUCACGCUUGGGAAUUAUUUCCCAUUGCUGCUGCUACAUUCCAUUGUAGACCCUGAAAAGACUGUACUUAUGGUCAGGGGGGCUGUCUGCAAAAACAUGGAAUGGGUUGUGGGGACUGCUAGAGGAGGAAAGAAUCACCCAGAAUUGAACGCAGCCUUAUACUUGAAUUGGGGGUGAUUCUCCCAUCUUCUAAAGGAAGAACUGUAGCUCAGUAGUAUAGCAUCUGCUUUGGAUGCAGAAGGUCCCAGGUUCAUUCUCUUGACAUCUCCAGAUAGGAUUGGAGAUAACCCUGUCUGAAACCCUGGGGUGUUGCUUCCAGUCAGCAUAGGCAAUACUAAACUGUUUGGAUGCUUUGUAUUACUUUGUAUUAAGGAACUUCCUAAGUUCAUAGCAACUCUCAUGCUUUCCCUAAGGAGAGGUUCUUUGGGACGCUGCUAUGCGGUGUGGAUAGGCAUUGAAAAAUUCCCGAGCGUGAGACUUCCUCACAGUUGUACUAGGUUGGAUGCAACCCAGUAUAUCCUUGGUACUGCAUUGCUUUAUUUGCAUGGCCUGUUCAAAAUGAGAAUGCUAUCUAUUGCCCUGGGUUUGGGAUUACCUGCAUAAGCAAUGUUCUCUUAACUUAUGCCACAGGUAAAAUAUCUUAUAUGCACUGUUUUCUAUAUACUUAGUUUAGAUAAUAUUUGGGUUCAGAGACCAAAGUAAAAAUUUAUGAGCAGAGAAGCAUUAACGUAUGGCAAUGGAAAACAAAAUUCAAAUGGUGAGCUGUUCUCUGGUGUAUAUUUGGUCAUAUGCAGUCCAAAUUUGUAUUAAACCUGAUCAUUAAAAUAUUUGGCAUUCUUGGCUCUUGAGCUUCUAGAACAAAUAUAUUUAGGUCAGUUGUGUCCAUAGUGUUGAUGCUGAAGGCUUGGAGCCUGGAACUUCCCGUUGCAGAUAGUAAGCAAACAUCUGCAGGCACAUGGUAUUUUCCAUUUCCACAGCCACUUACAAGAGAGUCAUGGUUGUGUAUCUCUAAUCUGCAAAAAUGUGCCGUGCUUCAUUUUGAUAUUACAUGAAUUUUGUUUGUGAUUUCUCCUGAAUUCUCUGAACUGCAAGCCAUACUUUGAGUGGCAUAUCAAAGUUCUUUCGAGAUUUUUCUGGAGCAAAUUUCUUUUAAGCUCAUUAUUCAAAUGUAUGUUGAAGGAAAUCAGUAUAAAUUUAAGGACUGGGAAGGUGUUAAUAAAGAGUAUUCAGAGAGGUUUUAAAAAUAUGAAGCCAAAUAGUCAAAUGGGGUGAAUUCUUAUCUCCAGGCACAUCCAACGAUUUUUGAUUUGAGGCUUGGGAAGAAUUGAUAAAGUCAGAGUGGAAACUUGUAAAUUUAUUGAUUACAGUAACCUGUUUUAACCUUCUUGUGGAAUGGAAGUAAAUAUCUUUUGGCGGCAAUCUCUAGGCCCGAGUGCUCAGAAUUUUAGCUAUAUUCUUUGUCAAUAAUAAUUUUCAGACUUUUUGCUUGAUCCUAAGCAUUUGUGUCAUCAUCAUUCUGUGACUCUAAUUAUACUCUUAAUGCAUGGUUCAGUGGGCUGCAAUAUUUUAUAAUGACCUGAUCUACUCAAUAUCCUAAAAGAAUCCGUUUCUAGUGCUUGCUGCUAUCACUUGAAAUCUGUCAUAUCUCCAGCAUUUGUCAGGUCUUAAAAUGCUGGAGAACACCAGUGAGUAUGAAAUGUACUUUUCUGCUGAAUAACCUUAAAUAAUAGGUCAGUAUUACUUUGAGGAUACAUUUUCUUUGUGGCUGUAUAAUGUUCUCGCCUGAAUCCAAGUAAUUCUCAAAUAGCGUCUUGUUGGGAUGGGAUCUUGCAUGCAAGGACAUGGAGAUCUUACUUUCAAAUAUGAGAUCUCUGCACUUUUUCUACAAUGAGCUAGAGACACGGUCUUAAUCCCACUUUGAGGGCCUCUGAAUAAUCUUAAUAAAAUAGAAUAAAGGCUACAGUUCUCACAAGUGUAAAAAUGUUUAUUCUGGUCAUUUAUGUUCCUUGGUUUUAUCUUUUAAAGCAGCAGUUGUGUGUAAAGGCUUUUAAAUAGAAAUGUUUCUGUGAAGAAAUGUCCAAGCUUUUAUGCAGAGUUCUGUGCUCCAUCAUCAGGAAGCCUUUAUUUUUUAAGGGAGGGGGGUUAAUUCAGGUCUUCAAAGACAAGCAGAGUCCAGAUAGUGUUGAAUUUGUGAGGCAUUUCAAUGAGCAAUUGUGUUCUGUCCAAAAGGAGUUCUCUGUAGCACAAUGGCUUGUGUUUUAACAGUGCAUCAAAUCUCAUUAGCUUCAAAAAUUAUUUGGAACUCAGGAAAACUUUCUUUCCUUUGAAGACAGCUUUUCUUCUGCUAACUGAAAAGGUGCAUAUAAUAGUUCAGACAAUAACCUAGGAUGGUAAAAUAGUCUCAUAGCACGAAUACCUUUUAAAAGUUGGCCAGAGUUAAAAGCUUUAAAAAAUUUAGUACUUAAUAUAACUACUUACCUGACCAAUAACACAUUUUUAUUGAAAAACUAAAAAACUUAUUUAAAUUGUUUUCCAGGACUUAUUAAUGUAUCUGUGGCUGAAGUUGCAUCCUCUGCUUGACAUGAGAGAUGGAACAAUUCAAUAAUACCCAGUUACUGGGCAAAAAUCCUUAGUAUGAAUAACAAAAAGAGCCAGUGUAGUGUAGUGUAGUGGUUAGGGUGUUAGACUAGGACCUGGGAGGCCAGGUUUCAGAUCCCUGGUUGGUCAUGAAACUCACUGGGUGACCUUUGACCAGUCACUGUCUCUCAGCACAGGGUGGUUGUGGGAAUAAAAUUGGGAGAGCAAGAACCAUGUUCGCUGCCUUGAACUCCUUGGAGGAAAGGUGGGGUAUAAAUGUAAUAAAAUAGGGGGAGGGGAAAUAAACUUAAUAAUUCUGGGAAUGCCAAAUAUGGAUGGAGCCAUGACCAAAUCCUUAUACCUGGGAUUGCAAUGCUGGGUAGUAGAGCUGGACUAAAUACAAAAACUAAAUGGAAUUCAUGUUGCUUACCUUGCAAUUUGUCAAAUAUCUUAAGUAAUACUCAGUUUUUUCCUAGGUUACUGCCAUUGAACCCAUAAUUAACCAUGGAGGAGCCAGCUUGACAACGCAGCACUUGCACCAGAGUCUCAGGUGGCUGUUCGGUGUGGCUGCUGUGGUUACAGAUGUUGGGCAUGUCCUCCUGAUUGAUCUAUGUCUGGAUGACUUAUCAUGUAGCCAGAAUGAAAUAGAGGCAUCUGGUAAAUUCAAUUAAUAUUUCCUUGUAAUAUUGCUUGAUUAUUGAAAAACAAGAGUUAAGUUUCCUAGAUAGUGACCUGAUUUUCACACAAUCCAUGGUAUGUCCAGCCAAAGCAGUUACUUUGAAUGUCCGAAUUCAGCCAAUCAAUCUAAAUAUAGUUGGUUUUCUGGCACCAAAUUGUGAUGUUAAGUUAUGUUUUGUUGUUGGCUUGCAAACCAUGAAUUAUUUAUACCAUAAUUUUGUAUAAUAUCCAGAUCCAGCAAUCUUGCUUAACUUUCAUUUGUUUGGCGAUCUUGCUCCAGAUGUUUGCCAAGCUGCAGAGACACUGGGGGUGGAGGGAGCCAAGCUUUGGAGAAGCAAUACAUGACUAGUUUUUUAAUAUGUGAGAUGACUUUUGGAUUGCUUAAAUAAUGGUUAAAACAUACCAUGCCUUAGCAUCUGAUCACAAUGUGUGUGCCAUUUCACAUAUUUUAGUAAAUACAAAUUCCAGCGAUAAGUGGGCUAGGAAGUACAGUAUGCCUGUAUUGCUGGAGUUCAGUCUCUGCUGAUCUACAAUAGGAUGGCUGGCUUUGAUCUGUCAACCUAUUAAGUGCAUAUCCUUUUGGGCUAUAGAAAACCUGAGGUUUUGGUAAUUUCACUGUAGUUGCCAUAGAUGGUGGGGCAGAACAGUAGGUUCACUGUAUCAGUUCUCUAGGCUGGAUGUUUGGACGAAUGGAUUUAGGCUUUCAGUUUUGUCUGCAGUAGAAUAGUCAAGUCAGACUACGACUGACUUGAAGUUCAUCUAAAGCAUGUAUAACCUUUGUUGGCACUGAAAGCACCUGGGAAUCUUCUUUUGCAUUCAUGGGGAGGAGUUGCCACAAAUUUUGUUUGGCUUACUAAGCAAAACACUUUUUGCUGCUGCUGAAACCUCUGCCAAAAUUAGGGGACACAAUACAGUGACCUCCUUGUUUUUUCAAGAACCUAGCUAAAAGGACAAAGUUCAUUUUGGGAUUGUUAUAUUGUGAACCUUCAGUUUGUGGUAUGUGCUUAUUCAGAUAUUGGAGUAGGAAACAGUGUAUUGAUUGAUGUGACAAAUUAUCAAAAACUGACCGUAUAUUAAGAAAAACUAACUAGAGGUGUGCAUCCAGAGUUAGACUAUAUAUAAUAAUGGCUGGAUCUUCAAUUUGAAAUAUAUGGAAAAACAAAUGAACUAAUGAAUAAAUGCAGUUCUGCCAAAUGAAAAACAAAAUAAAUAAUACAGUAAGAAUGAAAACUAAUGGGAUAAGAAACUUUUUACAUGUACAUUCCUCAAUUGAACUGUGUAGUGGCUGCUUGACACUUUGAACCAACAUUUUAAGGGCUAGCUACUUUAAAGCAUGGCUUUGUGUUUGUGUUGCAUGCUUUCAUAUACAGAUCUAGAAGUCAUCACUGGAAUCCCUCCUGAAAUCCCCCAAAUAAGGGAAGCUAUAACAAGAAAAGGUCGCCAUCUUUGUUUCCAGUUAUUGAACCCAUCAGGAACUCCUGUGACUACUCUUUCAUACAUACACAGGAGCAACCAGUUAGUUGUGGGGUUUUCUGAUGGAUAUCUCUCACUGUGGAAUAUGAAAAGUUUGAAGAAAGAGUGAGUAUAUGUAUCUGAAAAGUAUUGGAAUAUGGAAUAAAAGUACAUCAGUUAGAUGCAUAUUCAAUACAAAACAAAAAGCGGUUAAAUUACUAAAUGCACAACAAUCUACGGAUUUACACAGUUUUAUCCACCUACCUUUCUCCUCUACCCAUUUAGAUACCACUCCCAGUUAGAAGGCGGUAGAAUUCCUGUGUACACUGUUACUUUUCAAGAACCUGAAAAUGAUCCUCGCAAUUGUUGUUACUUGUGGGCUGUUCAGUCAACACAAGAAAGGUAGGUAUAGGCAUACUGACAAAUUUAGAAAAUAGUAGCUGGCUAUUGUCAAGAUAAUAAAUUGUCUUAACUUGUUUUGCUUGCAUGGUUUUGCUUAUUCCUGCACGGUCAAUCUUGUUCUACGUUCUAGUACCUAAUCUUCUGGUCAGAAUGAAAUCAUUUACCAAAGCCUUCUGUAGCAAGUGUAAGGAACUUUUAAUGCUUGAGAGCUGCAUUGUCUCUUGACCCAACCAUCUGGGGGGCUGCUUGCCAACAGUAAAAAGGUACCCCUGCCCGUACGGGCCAGUCGUGUCCGACUCUAGGGUUGUGUGCUCAUCUCGCUCUAGAGGCCGUGAGCCGGCGCCGUCCAAAGACACUUCUGGGUCACGUGGCCAGCGUGACGAAGCUGCAGCUGGCGAGCCAGCACCAGCGCAGCACACGGAAACGCCGUUUACCUUCCCGCUAUAAAGCGGUACCUAUUUAUCUACUUGCACUUAAGAGUGCUUUCGAACUGCUAGGUGGGCAGGAGCUGGGAUCGAACGACGGGAGCUCACCCCGCCGCGGGGAUUCGAACCGCCGACCAUACGAUCGGCAAGUCCUAGGCACUGAGGUUUUACCCACAGCGCCACCCGCGUCCCGUCUUGCCAACAGUAACAGAGGCCAAAAUAAGAGUGAGUGUGAUAAUCUCACUCUCCUGCAAUCAAGAGCUCACAUAGUACAGAUUCUCACUGCUUCCUUCUCCAAGCUUUUAAAAAGUGGGAUGGUCUUUAUGGAGACUACAGCAGGAAAGGGAAGAGUUAACCCUUCCAUUUGCACCAGUAAAAAGCUGUUUUCAAAGUUAGUUGCAGUAUUGGGGGCUGUUUUUGCCAGGUGGUCACAGUACACAGAGGGGUUAAACCCACCCCUAGCUAUGAGAUAGACCCCCAUGUCACAGUUAGGCUUGAAAAAACAUUUGUAUGGCUUCAGGGGUUGUAGCCAGCUCCACAGGUCUCUGUUCCCCACCCAUGUUCUGUAAUAACUAUUUUCAAAGCAGAAGUAAAUUGAAAUACAAGUCCAGAAUUAAGGUCUUGGUAAGAAAAGCUAGGGAACUUCCAUGGUAAGAUUCAUUUGUUGACUUCUGCCUGUGAAAUAUGAUAAAAUAAUUUGAUGGUGAUUGAAAGGAAUAAUUAUUUUAGAAACUGGAUUUAAAAUGAUUAGCUAUAUCUGUGAAUCUUGCAGAAAAUAUUUAGAAGCAUUUAAUAAAGAAUGAUUCAUCAUAGCUACUGAGAACCUGUAUACUAGGAAAGUUGGAUUUGUUACAAAUAGAACACUACAGUCUUUGUGGAAUGUUUUAGGCACUAUUUUAGAUUUUAAGUGUUCCAGUGAUAAUAUGCCUGAUUCUUGAUUGCUAUGGGGAUGUAAAAGUGCCUGCAGAUCUCUCUUGCAUGCAAGGGUUUUCCAUCAAUUCAGUGGAAUGAAUCUAUGUGAUUAACGAAAUGUCCGUACAGAUUAGACAGGACUAUUUCUAUGCACAUGUCACAGAGGCCAUGCCAAUAUAGGCAUGUCACGAGCAAACUAGAAGGCUAUGGUUUGACAGUUAACAAAUUCUGUUAAAGCUUACUAAAGUUUACUGUGAUAAAAAAAGGUUUAUUUUCAGGUUGGUUAUGGUUAUAUAACAGUACUUAGUUGGUUACAUAACAAUACUUAGUUUAAUAACUUGCUUACAAAUGGUUCUGUUGCUUUAAAGAGGUGUCUGUAGACUUGCUGUUGUUUCUACCUCUGUACUAAACCACUAUCCAAUUACCUCUACUCCAUUUAAACUGCAGGUUGUUUUAGAGGACUUUUAAAAUUUGUCUAAUCAGAGUUCUCUUUGCUACAGUUGCACAACAAAGUUUUUCAGAAGUUUUUCUGGUCAGAGACUUGGCAUUUCUUCUGGUUUAAAGCAUAACGUUAAGAAGUAUUUAUUAUAUAGCAGCUGUGUUUUAAAAUAUUCUAUAGUAACUAUAUUAAGUAGUAUUACCUGACAAAUAACAAAGGUGCCUAGGUUUUAUACUAAACUCUUAACUUGUUUCUUUCUAGUGAAGGGGAUAUUGUUAGUUUACAUCUACUGCAGUUGGCUUUCAGUGACAGAAGGCGUUUGGCAUCAGGACAAAUCAUGUAUGAGGUAAAGUAUUUGUAUAUACUAAAAUUCAAUACUGCUUUACUUGAACUGGUGUUCUCUAAAACUACAACUGGGUUCUAAAUAUGUAGUCCACCUGUAAUCUUGCUAAUAGGGAAUACUUUAGAUUUUAAGAUUUUACUCCAUUCAUCUCAGAGAUUAGAUAGUAUUUAUUACUGUGCUACAGAUGUACAAAUAUGUAGAGAUGUCCGAAUGGCACUGAUAAAAUUGAUGUAAUCAGUUUAGUUUCAGAGAGAGAGAGAGAGAUGUAUGUGUGUUUCAGAAGACAUUUCCUCAGCUUUUAAUUCUUAAAUGUUCACUACAUUUGCUCUUUAUUAAUCCAAUUAACAAAUCUGGAGUGUGCUUGUAUCACUGAGUUUGCAUUCUUAAAAAAUGAAAUGAUAAAAUGAAACUUGUAUGCACAAUAAUAUAAUGCAAUUGGCUUUAAAAUAGGUGUAAUUUAGCUUUCUUUCCUGCCACCCAUUGUCAGUGCUCCUGGCAUUGAAUCUAUAAGAAGCCAAAUAUGUGGCAAAUAAUCCUUAGGAUACUACCUGAAGGUGUAUGUAGUCAGUUAGACUACAUGAAAUGGAGCUCAUGGCACUAGCCAAAGACUUUUCUUUUGGUGAACAGCUUCCAGACUUGAGGCACCUGUGAAGAACAAACACGUGGAAGCAGUUUCAGUGAUCUCUUUAUAGUGAUUUGAAUUGUCUGUAACAAUGCUUCAUAUAAAUGAUCAACUUGUCCUGCAUUCAAAAGUCAUUACUUCUAUUCUAAUUUGUUUGAGGCUCAGGUACUGUCAUAAAAAGCCAAAACAAAUUCCUGGAUUUAUCUACUUGUGUUUUGAGCAGGUAUUUUUAUUGCCUGUCACUCACUGAUUGUAUGAGUUCUGGGUUUUGUUUUUUAACAGUGCCCCAAGCGUUCUGGCUAGCUUAAAAAGAACUUUCAUGCUUGUGUUUUAUUUCUUCCCCCGGGCUUAAUUCCUCAGAUGCUUCCUAGUUUGUCAUGUGCUUCGACAUCCUGUCAUUAUAAAGUGAUUUUUUUCUUGGGUUUGCAUCUUUUAAUAUUGCUUUAAUUUAAACAUAAUACUGUUAUAUUCAUAUACUACAGCUCAAGCACAGUUUGCCUAACAAAUUGACAUGAAUUCAUAUGGUCUGUUGAAACCUCACAGAAAGGUCUAACUUUGAUUAAGUAUUGCUUCAGACUUGACACCUCUAAGAAUAUAUAACAAAUUUCACUGAGUGAAAUUCCGGUGUUGUUCAUACUAAGAAUACUAGGAAUAGACCCUAUUUAUUUCAGUGGGUGGAUUCUGAAUGACUAAUAUUGGCUGUCACAAACUGUUUCUAUUUCAUGGAAUGCUGCAGUGUGUACCUUUAUUAUAACAGGUAUGUUUUACAGGAUAUGAGAACUUAUACAAACAGAGCUCCACUCUCUGAGACAGGAUAUUUUUGUCCCUAAAGCAACUCUGAACAUCAACUUUUUAUUUAAAAUACCCACAUAGGAUAGCUUUCCUGGAUAACUUUUUCAUUGUUGAAAUGCUCCUGCAGGCUAUUCUCAUAAUUAAAUAUGCUUCUUGUGCUUGGUGGAACCAGUUUUGUCUUUGACAUCCUUUCAAAAAAUGUGAAAAUUGUCAACAUGUAUAACCGAAGCAAAAAGACUGCUACUGGCAUCAGUCUUUCCCUCCUUUUUGUGCACUUUACCUUAUAUUACCCUCACUCUUCUGUGUCAUAAUUGGGAUAUUAAUUUUAAGCAUUCCUUUUUUAUUAAAGCAGAAUUUCUUAAUAUCUUGCUAACCUGUAGACUGCACAUUGUCUUAAUGUGAUUACUUCCCUCCCCCUCAGGGUUUAGAAUACUGUGAAGAAAGGUACAGCCUAGACCUCACAGGUGGAGUUUUCUCUUUAAGAGGGCAGACUAGCAACACCAAAUUGAUCGGUUGUCAAACAGUAGAGAAAUUUCGAAGCCAUGUUGACAGAGAAGAUGGUAUUAAUGAAGGUUGGUACAGCAAGUAUUAAAAAACUUACCAUUAGAACUAAGAAUGAGAACAUGCUGUGUAAAAACCUCCUAAUUCUGCAUUGAGUAUUCUGUGAUAAAUAACAUUUUGGUUAAUAAUUUCAGUGCUGUAUCAACAAAUAAUGAUAAAGUAAAGGUUUCUUAACUGCUGCUCUUCAGAUGUAUUUGUGUAAUUGGUAGCUUCCAGCACUUUUAUAGCAGUACCAUCUCUUUCUGCCUCCUAGUCAUAUCACCUGAUACAAGUGUAUCAAUCUUCAGCUGGCAAGUAAACACAUAUGGUCAAGGCAAUCCAUCUACCUAUUUAGGUAUAUUUGACAUAAAUCGCUGGUAUCAUGCUCAAAUGCCAGAUUCAUUAAGGUAAGAAAUGACAGCUUCUCUUCAUAGAUUUUCAGAAAUAAUAUCUAGUAUGUUAACAGCUUGUCUAACUAUUUUUUUGGUCUGCUUUCUCAAGGCCUGGGGAAUUUCUACACAAUUGCCCCUAUUUUGCAUUAUGGUCCCUGGAUGCUGUAGUGAGCAUGACUUCUCCACAUCACAUUCUGGAUGUCUUGGUACAUGAGCGAAGCUUAAGUCGUGGUGUACCUCCUUCGUAUCCUCCACCUGAACAAUUUUUUAACCCAAGCACCUACAACUUUGGUAUGUGUACCAUCAAUUACUUCUACAGGAACAUGUUCAGUAAGACAUUCAAAGAUGAAAUUUGUAUUCUGUGUAUCAUUUCUAGCAUUUAGGACUGCUACUACUUGAAGGGAAUGUCUAGAUGAUUUGUUAGGCAAAAAAUGCACAGCCCUUGCUCUAUUGCAGGCGGUCCAAAUGUCAGUUUGAGGGGAAAGCAUUUUUUCUUCAUUUCGUUUUUGGUAUUUUUAAGGUAGAAAAAUCCAGUUCUUUACCCAGCUAACAACACAUUGCUGCACUUUCAUAUGGAAUUGGUUGUUCUUGUGUCACAGGGAACUUAUUGGUUGUUACCAAUAAUAUCAUUGGUGGAAAAAGUGAACUCUUCUAUAUAGUGGCUGUAUAACUUAUGUGUUUUUAUAUUGUGAACUGCACUAGUAUUUUAUACCUUUCCCUGCACUAUUUUAGAAAAGGCAUUCAUGUAGUCUGUAUGUAGGCAAAUGGGAGAAGUGAGAUAGUUGAACAUGCAAUCAGACUUAAGGAGGGGCCUUACUGAACAUGAGCUGUGCCUGCCUCUGUUCUGCAUAUAAUAAGCAGAGGUCCUUAUGUAGUUGAGCACUUCUGCUCCAAAGUUCGACACCCUUUCAGUCUCUCACCCAGCAUGUAGGCUGCAAGCACAUCUGCACAUUUCUAACAAAUCUUUCUACAAAAUAGUUAAUCUGUAUUGCUCUGGGUCUCUUGCACAAUUGGUGUCAUAAAUCGUAUCUAGAGAAAAGCUUGGAAGUUUUCAGAAUAGGAAGCAAAUAAGGAACUUGUCAUACUUUCAGCUAAUUGAGCAUUAUACCUAUUUAAUGUUGCUGGUAGCAAUAUAAUCUAAUGAAAUUCUCUAUUCUUUAGAUGCCACUUGUUUGCUGAACACUGGGGUUGUUCAUGUCACUUGCACAGGAUUUCAAAAGGAUGUAAGUUUUAAUUCUCUGUUGCUCUCAUUAUGAUGUUUUCAUGUUCACAUUUUUACUAAUUUUGGCAGCCGUCAGCAUAUAACAUUUGGUAGAAGUUCUACCAUGGCAGUUUUAUUCUAAUGUGUCUGAGAAUGUUCACCGAAAGCAAGCAAAGGCCUUCCCAAUCAAAAGUCAGAUUGUGAUUACCUGAUCGUACUAUACACUUUUAUCAGAAGCAUUCAAUUCUGCACUUAGUAAUGACUUGGAAUGAAGGUCAGUGAACUGAAACUGAAUCGUGAGAAGGCAGUGUAUGUAGGUAGCUCUCAUCUCUCAGUAACUGGUAUUCAGGCAGGUUUUUUUCUUCCCCUUAAAGACCAGAUACACAGUUGAUACUAGUUAGUGGAAAAAUCCAGCUAGUACAGCUAGGGUGGGCCAUAUUAUACCUGUUGUGAAAGAAUUUUAGUGGUUGCCUAUUCAGCUCUGGGUCCAAUUUAAAGGCUGGUCCUUACCUUCAAAACCCUAAAUAGGGACCCAGACACCUGAGGAGAGUGCCUCUUUCCAUACCAGCCUGCUCAUGACUUAAGACUGACCUGUUUGCCCAGGCAUUUUAAAUAGAAUUUUAGUUGAAACUGCCUUUUGUUGUUUAGCUUUAUGCGUUUAGCCCGAAUUUUUAAAAAGAAAUGCUGUACUGUAUUUAUAUGUUUUGUGAAUUUUCAUACUUCUGCACACUGCCCCUGGAAGAUGAUGGGUAGAUGAAUAACAGAAUGCAUAAGAGUGCUUUAUGCAGAAGAGGCAAGCAGUCCUGCUUCGUAAUAGGGUUUUCAAGGUUAUUCAAGGAGACCCUCCACUGUGAAAGUUUAUGUAAGUUGUAGGUGGAAUAGAAAACAAGUACCCUGUGUCUAUGUGUACUCAGAGUGCUUUCCAUGCAUGCACAAGGUUCUUUGGAUUCCAGUCCCCAGGUAGUUCUAGUUGUAUCCAGUAUAUCUCUAACAACAGUAGUACAUAGGCUCAACAGUGAGCAACACCCUGAGUACGGACCAAUUAAAUGUCCAUGAAUCUCUAUGGAGUGCUGCCAAAAUGGUACUCAAGAGCAGUAACACACAAAAAGUCCACAGAAGUUCCUGGCUCCAAGAUUCUUAUUAGCCUUCCUAUCCACAGAAAGAAAACAAUGAAUUCUAUAAAUCUUCCCUUUAUGGUUAUAGGAAAAAGUGAUAAGUAUAACUACUACUCAUCAGCCUUUGUUUUGGCAGGGAGUGUUUAAUCUUUUUUAUGACUUGUGUUUUGCAGUUUACUGCUGACAGCUUAAUUUUUGCUGUCUUAAUAAAUAGUGUUUUGUUAUUUACAGACAUUGCAUUUCUUAAAAAAAUUUGGUGGUUCCUUAAAUGAAGCCAUUCCUGAUAGUUAUAACAGAUGUCUUGUCGCUGGCUUGCUUUCUCCAAGAUUUAUCGAUGUACAGCCUUCAAGUCUGAGCCAGGUGUGUCCAUGACAAAUACGGAAAAGAAAAUGUAGUGUUUUCACAAUGCCUCUCUUUUUAAACACCCAAAUCUAGUUAAAUUCAGAUAUUGUUCCUGAUCUAGGCAUGCAUGAAAGUAGGCUUAAAUGUGUGCACUCAGGACUCAUUUUAAUUGACUGUCUGGAUCAUUUGGUGAUGCACAUCCUUGUCUGACCAGUACAGUGGUACCUCGGGUUAAGUACUUAAUUCGUUCAGGAGGUCCGUUCUUAACCUGAAACUGUUCUUAACCUGAAGCACCACUUUAGCUUAUGGGGCCUCCCGCUGCUGCUGCACCGCCAGAGCACGAUUUCUGUUCUCAUCCUGAAGCAAAGUUCUUAACCCGAGGUACUGUAACCUGAAGCAUAUGUAACCUGAAGCAUAUGUAACCCAAAGUACCACUGUAUUAUAUAGUAUUCAUGACUUUAACAUCUGCAUAAAAACUUUAUAAAUGGGGCCCUGCCACAAAAUGUUAUGGAGGGAAGCACUUAAUUUCCAGAUUCCAGAUUUCUCCAUUCAUAUCUAUGGGCUAGAGACACAUUUUCAAAUAGCUUUUCGGUGUAAACCAAGAACUGACCUAUCCAGACACUGUGAGGAUCCUUUUGAUAUCUGUUUUUCUCCCUUUUUCAUCUUUUCCCAGUCAAAUUUCUCCAUUCUAGGGGUCCUUUACCUUUACCCGUACCUGUACCUGCUAUAAGCAUGAGAAUACUUGAAUCAGCAUUAGGAGUGAUCAAUGCAUUUUUAUUACUAUUUUGUUUUAGGAAGAGCAAUUUGAAGCUGUAUUGUCAGCUGCUAUCCAAACUAGUUCCUUAGGACUUCUCACUAGCUUCAUCAAACAGUGGACCUCUGAAGGUAAAUAAAGCCUUACAAUUUGAUUAAAAUUUCCUCUAGCACGUAAAACCUAUUAUCAUAACUUCUGCUUUUUUCUUUCUUUCUUUCUAAGAGCAACCAGAUUCUGCCCCUAAUUUGCGCUUUGUUCUUGAAUGGACAUGGAAUAAAGUGGUUAGCACUAAGGAAGACUUUGUUCGAUUAUGUAAGUAGUAUGAUUUGGUGGUAUGAAAGUUUCUGUUGAGCAUAUUUAGUAAAUGGGCUGGGUUACUUGUUCAUCUAGUGAUAAGGGAAAGCAUGCUUAAACUCACUUAAACUAAUAUUGUCAUAAUUUUUGUCUUUGUUUUAAAAGGUGUCCCACUAUUUGAUGGGUCAUCUAACUUUAUUGGUCCACAAACUCUACAGUCUUUGCAGCACUGCGAGUUACUUCUUAGCAACCUUAGUACUGUUUUGAGCUGUUUUGUAAUGGAAGCACAAGAACUCACAGAAAAAGGUGUGUAAAUGAGAUCCAAUCUAAGGUGCACAUUUUAUGUAACUUUCUAAUGAAUAUGAAUGUUAUUCCCCCCCCCCUCCUGUAAGGCAGUUUAUGUAUGUGUAUUUACAGCUAUUUUAAAUUUCAUCUCCUUGGUGAAGAGAGAGGGCCUCUAUUUUUAAAUUUUAUUUUAAUAAUAAUAACUGGUGUCUGAUUGCAAAAUCAUAGGAUGUUUAUACCAAAAAGAUUAAAGGAAAGCUUUUUCAGAAUUUCUAGACUUUUAAUUCUGGGUCUUGAACUUCUAAUACAGUUGGCUUGGUAUCUUUUUAUGGCUGUAUUUGGGAUGGGAGUAGUAUGUUUUAAAAUCAGUCUGGAGGAAAGUAGAGCCAGAAUUGACGACUCUGUUCACCAAGAUGCGAGAAGGAAUGCAUACCCAAGUAGACUGUUAAUCUACCAAGUAGAUAGACGAUGACAGUUUGUCAUAGUGACAGUUUACCAGUGAAUGAUCUGCUGUGAUCUAUCAGUGCUUUCAAAAGGAUGCAUUAUGCGUAAAAGCUGACACAACUUUGCUGCUUUAUUUUCAGGCAUUACAGAUCUGACAAAUAAGCAGGUUGUGACCAGUCUCCUUUCACUGUAUGUGCAAGUGGUCAUCUGGUUCUGUCGAUCCAGCCUUCUUCCAGAAAGUUUAGGUAAGCCUUUAAAAAUUGUAUUUCAGUUCUCGGACACAACUCAGUUGCAUCAAAAUAACCUGAAACAUGAACAAGCGUAUCUUUAAUUCUAAUCCCAUUGGCUAAAAUUUGACUAAUACAGCAUUUCUAUUUUUCAGUGAUUUGAGUAGCGAAGUGGCUUGCAAAGGUAGUUUUCAAAAAAAUGUGGUAACACUGGUAGUUUCUCUGCUUCGGUGGAGUUCAACUGUUUUCAACAACAACAACAUUUUAUUAUUUAUACCUUGCCCAUCUGACUGGGUUUCCCCAGUCACUCUGGGCGGUUCCCAACAGAAUAUUAAAAAUAGAAUCGAACAUAAAAACUUUCCUAAACAGGGCUGCCUUCAGAUGUCUUCUAAAAAUCAGAUAAUCGUUUAUUUCCUUGACAUCUGAUGAGAGAGCGUCCCACAGGGUGGGUGCCGCUACCGAGAAGUCCCUCUGCCUAGUUCCCUGUAACCUUACUUCUCACAGUGAGGGAACUGCCAGAAGGCCUUCGGCACUGGACCUCAGUAAAAUGCAGAUAUGAUCAUUUCUGUGUGUUCUGUUUUUACUUGUUUUCAUUUAACAAUGUUUUUAAAAUGAGCAUUUCUCUCUUGUUGGUAGAUGAAGAUAUGCAGUUGUCAAAACCAUUCUAUAAUUACCAACAUAUACAACAUUUUUAUGCUGGGUGUCGUCAGAAGCUGGAACGUUUAUCAAGGUAAUCUCUUAGUAAACGAAGUUUCAAAUUACGUCAUAGCCUAUGGGUUUUCAUUAACACGGAGAUAAGCACCAAGGUGUAGGCAAGAUUGCUUAAGGGACUUGCUUGCACUUCAAAAAUUGCAAAACGUUUGCCUAUGGACACUCAUUGUUUGCAAAAUACUUAUAUAAACAUUCCUUCUACAAGCACUAUAACUGCAGUUUUUGUUCUUCCCUUCUCUUAUAUUGUCGAACUGUAAGCUGUUCUGUCAGGAUCUGUUGUAGCAUGUAAUCAAAAACUAUGCCUAAUAAAAUCCAGCUGCUUCCUAUAUUCAGGAAAGCUUAAAUUGGUUUUAGUGGCUUUACAGAAGGAACAUCUACAGUCAGAGUGAGGAGCCUCAGGCCAGGGGACCAAAUACAUUCCUCCACUGUGUAUGACGCUUGGGACUCUUCCUAGCCACAUGCCCUCUCCCAAGCUAUAGCCUUCCCUGACCCUGAUUCAAAUGCCACUUGAAUGUUCUCUUUGACUGAAACGUGUCCUUGAACUCUGAGGAUACCUAUUGCUUGCCUAGAUGGAUGAAUAGGGUAUGUGUCUGUUUGUGCAUAGAAACUAGGCUACUUUACUAAGGUAAAAUUAGCAUUCAUUCUCCCACCCACUUUUCCCUCUGGUCCCACCCACCACUGACAUGCAGCUCCCAGAAGGUUAUACAGAAGGGAAUGUCACUGUCAGGCUGAAAGGUUUCCUACAGAGAUCCCUGUUCCAAUGAAUUCAAGUUUUCAAAUUUUGUUACAGAUUUCUUGCUCUCUGAGAGAGAAAUCUAAAUUGCACAGUCAUUUAAUAGAAAUGGUAAAUAUGCUUUCAACAUCUGGGAAAUAAGUUUUUUUAAAAGAACACAACUUUUUUUAUUUGUAGAGGCAAAUGGAACCCUGAUUGUUUGAUGAUUGAUGGAUUGAUUUCCCAGUUAGGCCAUUCCGUAGUGAAGUUGUGGCAGAGAGAUGAUGGAGGAACAGGAAAAUACCCUCCUCCUACAUUGCAUGUAAGUAUGAUUGGUGAAGAUUUUCUAAUAUUUUAACAAAUGGAAUACUGUACUUGACUCAGUGUGUUCUGCAUUAUAGGCACUACUUGAUCUCUACUUGUUGGAAAAUAUUGAAGAUCUCUACAAGCAUGCAACUGUAUCCUUUCAAAGACUUAAAUAUAACGUUGUCUUUAAAAUACAUCAUACAGAGAAUAGCCUUUUAUUGGCAAUUCAUGAAUGUGUAGAAUUUAAGGGGUAUGGGGUGUGAUGAAGAAAACGUAAGAUGUCCAAAAGCACGGAAUUGCAAAAAAGAGCAGUAUCUGCCAUCUCAUGGACUUAGAGAAUAGCAACCUGAGGACUGUGCUACAAUGUGAAGAACAGAACCGCCAGUCCUGUCACCUGUGCAUGUAUUGCACACCAUAACCAAGGAUCUCAAAUUACUAAACUAAAUCAUUAUUUAAAAGCUUCACAGUUUUAGCUUUUUCUACUCCCCCCAUAUAAAUUAAUUGUAUAUAUUAUUUUUGGGACCUCAUAAUUUUCACAUAAGCAUAAUCUGUUUCUUGAAAUAUAACCUUUUUACAUAAACUGGUUCGAUUCUUAUUGGAAUAACAUUGAGUUGAUUCUCUUCCCCCACCCCACCCCCAGCUUUUUAUGUUGGACACUUUACUCUGCAUUUCUCUUACUCUGGUCAGAAACCCUCAGAUCUCCCAGACCUCAGUCUGAACCCCAGAGGAAUUUAUAAAGCAAGCAUGACAUCUUGCUGUGCUGCAAGUGUAGCUCCUUUUAAGUCUUUCUGAGGCUCAGUUCUUUGUUUAGGGGGGAGGUGCAAGUGUUUGUCUUUGUAGUUUCUUUUUAAGAAUAAUUUUUUAUUAACCGACCAAUCACAUCAAAUCAAACCAAAUUACAUAAAUUCCAAAUUACACAGCCGAAUUUUAAAUUUUUGUUGGGGGUACCCAUAUUUCAAGUUCCGAAGGGAUCCAAUCAACUUCUUGCUUCUUACUGCUGUUUUAAUGUCCACAAAUCUAACCUUAUGAUGUUCACAGUACUAUCCAGUCCUUUCUUAUUAUUUUUCCACAUCUCUUGUUGUUAUUUUCAUAUAUUUUUCCUUUCUCUUUGUGACCUCUGAUAGUCUCCGCAAGCUGGUUAGAACAGUUUGUAAUCCUGCGUGGAUAUUUUUUUUUAAUCCAGUAGCCAUAUCCAGACGUUUUCCAUAUAACAUCACUUCCAUACAUCAAAACAGUCUUAGCGUCAUUAAUCUUCACCAAUCUGCCUCCUUUCUCAAAACCUCUGAGGAGAUUCACUAGGAAUGCAAUCUGAAAACAAAUCCGUUCUUCCUCCCGGCUAUAAAUCCUUUGGCAAGAUGGCGACUCCGAAUUAAUUGCUGCGCCAUUCCCAAAAGCUCUUAUUGCUUCUCGGUCUCCAUAAAGCAUACUUUUGGUUAAAGUUUAUCUCCACACAGACCUUAAUCAUCCUGCUUGGGUCAGUUCAACCGACAAUUCUAAUGAGGAGGGGUUCUUGUAAAUCACAUAGAAGGAAAGUAAAAAAGGUCGUCCCCCCCUUCAGCCCUGUUGUCAACAUACCCCGCCUUUGGUGUAUCUUCAUCGUAAAAUAUUCCUGUUUCUCCAGCCCGUCGUCUUCUUUCGCAGAGGUCACUUAAAUUAGCAGACUUCACUCCCCUUCUUCACUUGAAAUAUGUGCAUUUGCUUCUUUUGUAAUUAAUUAUUCCAAAUUGCUGCAACUAGUGCGCGAUCAGAGACAGCGUCCAGGAGAGCCGAUGUCCACACGGGGGCAUUCUGCCUAGGGCCCUCACCCCCUUCUUUCAGAAUUAGGGGUGAUUUAUGGGCACAGCAGGCAAGGGCAGUGUUCCCCAUUUCCUUGGGGCAACAAGGGAGGCUGCCUACUCCCAUAACAGCCUCUUAAUUACCCCGUGUGGGUCGGAGAGAUGGUAUUGUCGGCCAUCUUCCAAUGCGCCCCCUAGUGGCCCCCCCAUUUGUAGUUUCACUUGGCUGCUAAUCCUCAGGACAGUGUCAUAGGCAAUAAAUAAGCUUAGUGACCUUGGUUGGUUGCAUCAACAAAUUUUGUUUGUCUAUCAAGGUGAUGCAAAAUGCACGGACCUCUAGUUGGACACUAUAUAAAAUUUAAAUAUUUGGUAAAACUCAUUGUUACAGGCAGCAUCCUAAUUCUUUAGCUAUCUCUUAAUUUUUUUGCUUCAUACACAAAGUUAAGGUUUGUCAGCUACCUAUGUUAAGCAUUGCUUAAUUCUAGCAUUUUUCUCCAUUGUAAUGCAAGUUCUUGCUGUUAAAUAAUUGCUGCAUUCCAAAAAAAACUGUGGGAUAUUUGUAUAUGUUAAAUAAUAUUGUUUUGCAGCACUGUAUUCUCUCAGUCAGGAUGUCUGUUACAAAUCUACUUUACUUAAGCAUAAGGUUAUAGUUAUAUAGUUAAAAGAUGUGUAAGCAAAAUGAAAAUAACAGCUACUGCUGUUCCACAAGGGCUUUCAAUGGAACUCAUGCAGUUUUCUAAUAGGUUCCCUAGCAGUUUGCAUGCUUCAACUCAAAUAAGUGGCUGAGUAAACAAGAAUACAGUAUACUUGGACUUUGGUUGUUCUCAUGCAAAUCACCAACAUAAGAUAUUAAUUAUUGGAGACAAAAAAACAAAGGAAGAAGCUGCAGGAAAGAUGGUUUUAUGUUGUACAAUGUGUCUGUUCUAGCACGUCAUAGAAAACAAACUCAAAUAAUGAUUGCCCUUAAUAUUUAUAAUUAGACAAUUUAUUUACUAUUGGACAUCAUGCAUUCCUGUCCAAACAAGGCUGAUACUUCAGUGGGCUCCUUCCCAACCGCAUUUGCAAUUCCUAUAGGUCUGGUUAACUUAAUCCAAGGUUUUUGGUGUUUGGAUCACAGUGACUUUGAGGUGGGUAUAUAAAGUGAUAAUUCAUUGGUCUGUCUAGCUCAGUGGCAGUGGCUGUUCAGGAUUUCAGACGGGGUCUCUCACGGCCUUAGCUGGAGAUGUUGAGAAUUGAACCUGGGAACUUUUGCAUGCAAAGCAGAUAGUCUGACACUGAGCUAUGGCCCUUCUUCAGUUUAAUGGCAUACUAAUUGAAUAAAAUUAUAAUGCUUUCUAGAGCAAUGGUUUCUGUAUUAGCUCUCUAUUCAGGAUCAUAGUGGGCUGAUGCUGCCAGUAGCUUAUUGGCUUCACCAGUGUGGGACAUGACUAUUACCCUGGCAACAGUCCCUUCAGUGUAGAUGGGGAAAGAAUUAGAAAUCAUCUGGCUUUGAGCUUUCAGUUCUCAGCAUCACUGCACUAGCUAUACUAACACUAACACUAACUGACCUGCUUACAAUGUCUUGUUUCACUUGCUUUAGUGGGAGCACAACUAACUGGUGGCACUAUAGGACAGAUCAAGCUGUCCUAUAGAAUUGGUGUAUAUGUUGAAUUCCAUAAUUCCAUAAUUUCAUUUCAGUGUAGAAAACUGUUUAGUAGAAAAUAGAUUGAAAGUGCACAGGAGGUUUCUGAAUAUUGUCUUGGAUUCUUGCAGAAUUCUCUGACCUAUCUGUUUCAUCCAGCUACAAUCAAAUUGCCUUGGCAGCACAUAAGGAUAAUUCAGUUCUUGAUGUGUCAAGGAGAGCACAGGCGAGCCCUCCGAUACAUACAAACAAUGAAGCCAUCAUUGAUGAGCAACAGUGAAGUAACACUUCACCUUACUGUCUUGCUGUUUAACAGGUGAAAAAAGUGCAGCAUUUAUUACUACGUUUACUCUUUGUGAUAUCACUGUAUUCAAGAAGAAAAAUGUUUCCCAGUUGAUAAGAUACUAAUACUCAUUUUUAUGGUAUUGGCGUGCUUUUUAAAUAAAUAAAUAAAAUAAAUGCCAUGAUAGCAUGUAUUGGAUGAACACCUACAUCCUUGGCACAUCUGUAAUACUAGUUUUUAAUGUUUUUUAAUGCAAUUUUUCCUGUAGCAGAAAUAUCUGUCACAACAUUAAUCUACUUUUCAAAAAAUGAUUGCAGUUGUAUGGUGGAAGCUUGGAGUGUCCUGCGGCAGCAUUCUACUCGGUUAAAUGUAGAAGAUAUGCUUAAACAUGUAUACGAAACCUGUCAGGGGCUGGGACUGAUGGAAGAUUUGCUAAAGCUACCAUUCACAGAAACUGAACAGGUAAUCUUGGGGAUGAAUAACUUCUGAAAGUACAAUUCUACACCAAAAAGUGAUUGGAAAUCUCAUUGACACUACGUGCAUGUGUGUUUGCAUAAUUAGACCCUUAUUGCUCCAGAAAAGGAAGCUUAAUAUUCUAAAUCCUUUUUUCCCCUUAGGAGUGUCUGGAGAAGUUCUUGAGGACAAGCGCUGGUGUUAACAAUCAUGAGUUCCUCUUAGUUCAUCAUCUUCAGCGUGCCAACUACGUUCCUGCGCUACAGCUGAAUCAAUCACUGAAAGCUAAUCUCAUGGUAAGCCUUAAUAUUUUUUAAUUGAUUCCAUUUAUGAAAUGCUUCCCUUAAAAUCUCAGGUGGGUUGAGGAGUGGCAUGGAAUGGCUGGAAUUCUGAACCACAGCACUCCAUGCACAGCAUUUUAUUUCAGGUCCCAUUUAUUUAAAGUUAAUAGUGAUGGAAACACUGAACUAGGGAGGGCAUUCCGCAACCAGGGAACCACCACUGAAAAGGCCAUGUCACAGGUCAGCAUCAACUACCACCAAGGCCUCACGUGCCAAUUUUGGGGGCUGAAAUUUUUGAUAGGUACUUGGGUCCCAAGCCAUUUAGGGCUUUAUAUGCUAGUGCUAACACCUCAAAAUUGUUCUGGUAGCUCACUAAUCUCCAAUGCCAUGUUUUCGGGAUUGGUGUUAAGUGGUCUCUUCAGAGUGCCCUGCUUGCAGCUAUAUUCUGCACUAGCUGUAUCCUCCAGAUUGUCUUCAAGGACAGGCCCACAUAGAGUACAUUACAGUAGUGCAAUCAGGAGGUUACUAGAACAUAGACAACUGAGACCAGACUGUCUCAGUCCAUGAAUAUCGGUUGCUGGUGGACCAGCCUAAGCUUGAGCAUACUAGCCACAGAAGGCACUUGAGACUCCAUUGAGAAAUUUGAAUCCAAAUUACAAACCUGAUCCUUCAGUGGAGCAACUUAUCCAAGAACACAGGAUGUACACAUAUCUCGCAGACAUGGGAACCACCCACCCACAACACUUCCUCCUUAUCAGGACUGGUCCCCAUUCACUCCAUCAUUGUUUCCAGACACCUGACCAACACCUUCACAGCCUCUCCUGGUUCUGAUGGAAUGGAGAGAGAGAGUUGUGUGUCGUCAGCAUGCUGAUGACACCUUUCUCCAAAUCCACAGAGGACAGCUCUGAUCUAACUGGUCCCCCACCCCUGCAGAGGGGGUCAUUCACAGUUAAUACAAACCUCAUCAGGGUUUGUAUUACCAUAUUUUUCAAGUUUAAAAUUGGGGGUCGUCUUAUACACGGAAUGUUGCAAUUAAAUAUAUAAAUAAAUACAUGCCGCCAUCCAUAUUAUUUCCCCCCAGCCUCCCCUCACUAUUGACCUCAUGACAAACCCUGGUCUGGUACUCCCCCGCAGCAGCCCCCGCACUGUGCUUUCCACCUGGUUCCCUCAGUCGCUCCCUGGCUACCCAGACCCCCCAUUCCCCAAGCACACUCAGGCAGAUCUGGCAGUCGCAGCUCCUCGCAGCGGCGGAGGAAUCCGCUCUGGCGCCUGGGGCGGGGUGAGCUGCCCAUAGGGGCGGGGUGCACCGCAGGGCUUCCGGAGGCUGCCUUCCUCCUCCCACUCAGCCGCCCUACAGCUGGGGGGGGGGCAGCGGGCAGACCAUUUGGGCCAAAGGGGCAGAGUGCAGUUUGCUACCCUGGGUGUUUGAGAGCGGAGCAGAAAAAAGCAAUUUGACUUCUGCAGCAUACAAAUUCCCUCUCAAAGGGUUCUUUAGCUAUGAUUCUUGCAUUGUGGCGCUGACUAGUUCCCGGCCAUCGGGGACAUGCUCUCGUUCCAGCUCAGCUUCCCAGCUCUGCUCCAGUGCUGCCGCCACUCCAGUUCUUAUACUGCACAUUAUAAUAAUGCUGACUAGCUCAAAAAAAAUAUUUAAAAAUUGCCUACCGUAAUUACGAUACCAAAUAUAUCGGCAAAGUUGUUCUUUUUGUUGUUUCAAUAUACGGUUCGAAAUAUACUGGUAUAUUGAAUAUUUAAUAAAAUAUCAAAGUUCUGUUAGGUGUUUAAAAUAUUUAUUUUUUAAUUUUGGGCUCAAAAAAUAGGGGCCGUCUUAUACAUGGGGGAAUCUUAUACACAGAAAAAUACGGUGUAUUAUAACAAGGUAAUAUUCACCCCCAUCCCCGAUCACCAUAUUCUUUCUAAUAUCUACUAUAGCAAGAAACAGAUUUUGAUCAUGACCUGAAGUAUGUCGGGCACAUGCUGUAUUGAGACAGCUCCAUGGUUGUUAUGCAGCCAUGAAGUGCUGACUGGUCCAGACAAGGCAGCAUCAGUGUGGAUAUGUGUCCUAGAAUGAAUUCUUCUAGGACACACUAUAAAGCUUGUUUUACCCUCAGUGCUCAAGAUAAGCAGAACUGCUUGUAUAAAAUAGACUGUGGGUAUGUGGUGUAGUAUUAGUACAGUAUUAAUCUUAAUACAAAGAGACCCUUUCAGCAUCCAGGUUUAUCCACAAUUAUAGUUUGCAUGGGACGUGGGUGGCGCUGUGGUCUAAACCACUGAGCCUCUUGGGCUUGCUGAUCAGUAGGUCGGCGGUUUGGAUCCUGCGACUGGGUGAGCUCCGGUUGCUCGGUCCCAGCUCCUGUCAACCUAGCAGUUUGAAAGUAGAUAAAUAGGUACCGCUCUGGUGGGAAGGUAAAUGGCGUUUCCGUUCGCUGCUCUGGUUUCUCCAGAAGCGGCUUAGUCGUGCUGGCCACAUGACCCGGAAAAACUGUCUGCAGACAAACGCCAGCUCCCUCAGCCUGUAAAGUGAGAUGAGCGGUGCAACCCCAGAGCUGUCUACAACUGGACUUAACUGUCAGGGGUCCUUUACCUUUUUUAUAUAUAGUUUGCAUAGUGUACUGUUGAUAUAUUAAUAUUGGUCAGAAAAAUCUUCCUGUCCAGCUUUAAGAGCCCAUGAAUAAGCAGUUCUAUACAGUUUGACUGUGGAACUGCCUCUCCUAACCCUGGGUUUACUAUUUCAUGUAUUUCUGUAAAAUAUUAACUUAAAUUCCUCUUAUCACUCCUUUCUUAAACAGAAUGAUCGGGAUCCCCGCUGGCGAGAGAGAUCAGUUGCCAGAAAUUCCAUAUUAGACCAGUAUGGGAAAGUUCUACCCAGAGUACAAAGGAAGCUUGCUGUAGAGCGAGCCAAGCCUUACCACUUGCCAACUUCACUACGGCGGGAAAGUAAGUAUUUUCAGUGUGUUGUGGUGAAACCUUUCAAAACCUGCUUUAAGUAUUUAAUGUUGUUUUUCCUUUUUUUUUCUCCUUCAAGUUUUAAGACCAAAGCCACUGUCAACAGUUGCAAAGAAAGUUACUGCAGGAAAUGUCAUCACAAAAGCAACUUUAAUCAAUAAUGUAUUGUCCAAAAUUGGAGAGGUAUGGGUGGGAACUGAACAGAAAAACAAGUCAUUUCAAAAUGACAUGUAAGUAUUCAUUUUGUUGUCGUAGGAAAUUACUGCAUCUUAAGUUGCCCAGUACUAAAAUAGGAGUUUCACCACAGCUGUCCAUAUUUUUCACCUGCUUUCCAUUGACCAUAAUGAAUAGCCUGGUGUUGAUACUAUUAACAAAAGUGUUAAUUUUUAGGGUAGAAACUUUGACAGAUACCAGGGCCCCCACCGUUACGUAACAUACUAAGCAGUGUGCUUCUCUUUUAUAUUAGUUUUUUAUGAAAAGAAGGGAAUAAGGUUGAGCCAAAAGAGUUGAAAAGGCAGCAAUUCAUUGCUUAACCUUUGCUUCCUCACCCAAACUUGAAAUUACCUGUCUUCUGACUGACUGUGUGCUUUAUUUAUUCCUCUUUCGGAAGACAGUACUUGUGCAUCUAGUGGUUUUCAUGAGCUUGUCACUCUCGUGUUUUCAAAUCCUAGAACUGAAGAACAACCACCUGCAGUGGAUUCCUGCACUGACACAGAGAUACCAGAUCCAUUUGUUGGGACACCAGCUACUAAAUCUUUAAGAAAAUGCUCCAGGUAAAAUUUUUCAAUAGGUGUUUGUUUGUAUCCUUUGGGUGCUUUUCAGUCCUGUCGAAAACAUCAGUUGUAAUGAGUGAAAAUUAGUUUUGACAGUUGCCUUGAAUUAUAUAUUUUUUAUGUGGGCCUUUUUAAAAAUGGAAGUAUAUUCACAGUGUCCAUGCUCAAAAAAGCCUCUUCUUUCUUUUAAUUACUAAACUAAAAUGACAGGUGAGCUGUGAUAAUUUAUUGAUAAAAGCAUAAAGCAACUUCAGAUUUUAAAAUCAGAAAAGCCUAGAUGAAUCAUAGUGGUAGGGCAGAGAUGGCUAAAAUAUCCUCCUGUUUAUGGCAACACCAUUUUACAUUUGUAUUCUGUUUGUUAAUACAACUUAAUUCUUAAACAUUUUGAAAUGUUUGCAGAUUGCUUGACUUGGUGGUCCAGCCUAUUCCUCUUGAUUCACCUUCCCUUCGAAGCAAUCUGCACAUGUCACCAAGAGCUUCUGCAUCCUGUAUGCUUUCUAGUCCAUUGCAUUCCAGCCCUCGAUGCUCCCUAUACAAGAGCAGUAGAAGAGCACCUGAAUUAAAGCUCCUAGAAACUCCUCUGGUUGUUAGGGUAUGUAGAAUUGUGAAGGUUUCAUGAACUUGUUUGAUACAGAGGCUGAAGUGCCAUGUAAUUAGUGGGUUCUGCCUCCCAUUUUGACAUGUUUCCUCCUCUUCUUAGAGAGCUAAAGCUUUGACAUCUACAUCUUCCUCUGGCUUUCCUGGUUUUACUCCUCAAUCUAUUUUGAGAUCCAGCCUUCGGACUACUCCUUUAGCUACUCCAACUGCAUCUCCAGGAAGGUCUAUCACACCCCCUCUGCGUGCAAAAGAAACAAAAAUAUCAUUUAUGGAAGAAAGCAAAGCUUCAGGAUGGACUGCUGGGGUAGGUUGGAAGAAACAGAUGCUGGAAAGUAGAACAUUUUGAGCCAUAUUCAGACAAGUUGAUAGUUGUGCAAAGGACCUUAAUUUUCUGCUUACCUUUUGGCAAGGUGGGCUUUAGUUAAAUCUGGUUUAUAUAUAUGCAUACAUUGUGCAUUUUAGGUUCAUCUUUGUAAGUCACUUUGAAUUUAACUUUUCUGGAAUGAAGUAUAAAUAAUAAAACAGCAGCAACAACAAUAAUAAAAUAAUGAUGUGGGUGAUUGGGUUCGUUUCCAGGUCUGCUGACACCCAUGCAUUUACUGUCCUAUUCCAAUGAUGACCAAAUGUGUAGAGCCAACACAUACAGGCAUAAGAGUCCCUUAAUUUCUUCCUGGAGCUUUAAAACUGCAUUUUGUGUACUUUGAUGCAUGCUAAUUCCCAGGCCUAUAGCCUCUUUUGCAGUCUUCUAUGUAUUCUAAGUUAACAUUUUUAAUUCAGGAAGCCCACAUCAUGUUCUCAUGGCUGUAUCUGCAUUCCAGAUAUGAGGUAAAGGACCCCGGUUAAGUCCAGUCAAAGGUAACUAUGGGAUUGCGGCGCUCAUCGCGCUUUCAGGCUGACGGAGCUGGCGUUUGUCCACAGACAGCUUUCUGGGCCAUGUGGCCAGCAUGACUAAACUGCUUCUGGCGCAAUGGAACACGAUGACUUGCAGUGGCGUGCUUUCAAACUGCUGGACUGGCAGGAGCUGGGACAGAGCAAUGGGAGCUCACUCUGUUGCGGGGAUUCGUGGGUGGCGCUGUGGUCUAAACCACUGAGCCUCUUGUACUUGCCCAUCAGAAGGUUGGUGGUUCGAAUCCCUGCAAUGGGGUGAGCUCCUGUUGCUCUGUCCCAGCUGCUGCCAACCUAGCAGUUUGAAAGUCGAUAAAUAGGUACCACUCCGGUGGGAAGGUAAACAGCUUCCAUGAGCUCUGUUUUCCGUCAUGGUCCUCCGUUGUGCCAGAAGCGGUUUAGUCAUGCUGGUCACAUGACCCAAAAAUCUGUCUGUGGACAAAUGCCAGCUCCCUUGGCCUGAAAGUGAGAUGAGUGCCGCAACCGCAUAGUCACCAUUGACUGGACUUAACCGUCCAGGAGUCCUUUACCUUUACCAUUCCAGAUGUGCAAAGCCUUUGUAUGCAUGUGUGGAUUGGUCAAUGAAUUUUAGUAGCUGGAGCCUGCUUGUUCAAAAAUGCAUGUCUUUAGAAGUAAAAACAUUGACUAUUUCAAGCAGAGAGUUCAGUGUUUGCCUUCUGGAUCAAGGCCUUGCAUGGUCAGAAUUUUCUGCUCACUGGGGAAAUGGUACUGCUUGUUUUAACUUGGACUGUUUUUUUUAAGAUGACAGAUAGUAAAACAAAACACAACACAGUUUCAUCUGAAUGCAUUAUUGAAGCUCACAUGGAAGAUAUGUGGUCUAAGACUAGAGAAACUCCUGCAUUUUCAAUAUGCAGUCUUCAGGAAGACUAUGAAGAAGCGGGCUUGUCAUCAGAAUGCGUACCAGGCAAUGAUUUGAAUAAAGCUGAACCUUCCAAAGAAACUAGUUAUGGUUCUGUAAAGUCAGAUCAAACUACUUCAGAUUAUCAAGAUGCAAAAUCGCCAGGUGACAACAGUGAUUCCUUCAGAAUCUCUCAGCCAGCGGGUUUCUCCCCUGAAGAUCUUGUAAACAUACAAGUGUCAGCUGAGAGAGAAAGCAGUGAGGCAGUAGCAAGGGAUCCUUUGCAAAUGGAACAGCAAACAUCUACAGAUGGAGAACAGUCGCCUGGUAUGUGAUCUACAGAUAUGCAAAUGAAUUAAUAAGAAACGGGGCGUGCUGUAACAUAGGAGAGAUCCAUCUAAUCCAGCAUUGGUUCUCCAACACUGCUAAAAUAGAUCCUCAAACUCCCAAAAAGGGCAUGAUGGAGAUAGCCAAAACACAGCCACCAUAUUUGGAAACAGUAUAUCUGGCAGAUACUGGAAAGGGGUGUGUGUGGAGAAAUUUUCUAUGAUACCCUCUAAUAGCAAAUUCAGGUGACUGGAUGACACAUCAAUUUGGAAAAGAAACAGUGGCUUUAUAUAUUUGGGGGCCAUCCAAGGUAUGCAGAAGUAUAACAGUUUGUGAAUCACAAGAAGAGGGGUGUGUGGACUGCCAAAUAACAACCUGUGAGAUUAAAGAUUACUGGUGGCAGUUAAGCUUACAAAGAGGAAAUAGUAGUAGUAGUAGUAGUAGUAAUAAUAAUAAUAAUUAAUUACAGUAUUUUAAUAUUUUUUUGGAAGCCGCCCAGAGUGGCUGGGGAGGCCCAGCCAAAUGGGUGGGGUAUAAAUAAUACAUUAUUAUUAUUAUUAUUUAUACCCCGUUCAUCUUGGCUGGGUUUCUCCAGCUACUCUGGGUGGCUUCCAACGGAAUAUUAAAAUACAAUAACUUAUUAAACAUUAAAAGCUUCUCUAAACAGGGCUGCCUUCAGAUGUCUUCUAAAACUCUGGUAGUUGUUUUUCUCUUUGACAUCUGGUGGAAGCUCGUUCCACAGGACAGGUGCCACUACCGAGAAGGUCCUCUGCCUGGUUCCCUGUAACUUGGCUUCUUGCAGCGAGAGAACCACCAGAGGGCCCUCGGCACUGGACCUCGGUGUCUGGGCAGAAUGAUGGGGGUGGCAGCAAAAAUUGUAGUUGGUGAUAGCCAAGCCAAAAUUGUAAAUUCUUGCUACUAAAAUCAAGACUUACUGGUUGCAGCUAUACUGUAUCAAUUUUUAAAAAUUAGAUUGAAGGAUGCAAUCUGUCUGUUUGUUUAUGGGUUCUCCCAUUCAUAGGACUACCUGAAAGAGAAGGUGAAGACUAUGGCUCACUUCCUGAGGAUGAAGAAUUUGUGAUGCAUCACUUAAAUGCUAUUCCUUACACUACGGUCUCUUCUAUGCCAUCUAAUGAAAGGUGAACAUGUCAAGUACAUCUUUUUUAAAAAAAAAACCCAGUUGUAUCAUGCUUCAUACCUUUUACAUUGUUUUGCAUUCAGUUUCUUGAGUACUGUGAAUAUGAUACAUUUAUUAUAUAUUUAUUAGUAAAAAAAAGGGACACAGCUGGAGCACCAUUUCACAGCCUUGAUUGUAGUGUUUGUUUUCUGUGACCAACUAUCUCCCAAACAGCAUGCUGAUAGUUGCAAGCUUCUAUUUUGAUCCCCUGAUAAUCUCGAUAGAUUGACAAAUUGCAAUAUCAAUUGUUCAGCUUUCUUUUUCUCUCUCACUCUCUCCCCCCCGCCAGCAAUGGGGGUACCUCCAGCCUGGCAUGUGUGCCAAAUUUACACACAAGGCCAUUUUCCCUAGCCCCCCUUUAGGUCACUGCAGGAACCAUGGUGCAGACACUAUCCAUCAGCUGAUGAGUGGUGACUUCAAGCCUGCUACACUGGCUCUGUGACUUGAGUUCUGCUGGAGAACUUGGUUGUAUAGCCUGUCUCUGCAAAAAGUAGUUUUGCCAGUUUAUGUUCAGCACAUGGGAAGCACUAGACAGAGGGCUUACAUAGAACUCUGCACAGAGCUUCCAAAACACAGAGCAUAGGACUAGUAUAAAUGCAAGUUUAAGGACCUUUGUCCCACCCACCUGUCAAUCAUCUGACAUCAUAAUGGCAAUUGGGUCUUUGACCGUAAUAAAAUUAUGAUGAUUGAUAUGUGAGUUAUCCUAUCCACGUGUCCAGGUUUGCUUGUGCGUGGUGGGAACAGAUAAGGAUCUGACCUACUGGGUAAAAAAGGUUUCCCACCCCUGCCCUAGUCAGUUCUUUUCAUGUCCCACUCUAAGGCAGGAAUUGACAAGUUGCCAAAUUUGCCACACAAAGGAAAACUAUUUUUUUUCUUAGACAGUAGUGUGCAUUUGGAUUUUGCAUAGCAACUGCCCUGAGUGAAGUGUACUCAGAGGAAAUAUUCAUAGGAUAAUAUGCACAUUAAUACUUGUUUGAUGGUUAAUCAAGCAAACAGGAUAGUAAAAAUUAGACUUUAGUUAGCCACACCUGCAGAACUUUAUAAUUUGCAUAUAACAAAGGGAUAGAUUCCAGACUUUUCCACAGAACUGGCUUUGCAGUAUCUCUUGCAGUACAGCUCAAUAAUAAUUGGAAUGGUUUAAGGUAUUUGUUGACAAAAAUGUGUUAGUAGCUUUCAUAAAACGUUUUCAAAAUUCAUUUUAUUUAAAAACUGUAAGUGAAACUGUCCCUUACUUUCUUCUUAUAAAGUCAAACAAAUGUCCUAGAGUCCAGCAUGCUGCCAUUGUUGGAAAACAACCAGCUCCUUGAUGAAGCAAGUCCCCAAGCUUUGGAGCCAUUAGGAACAGAUGCUGAAUGUAUGUAUAUUUGAAUAAUCAAGUAAAUUUUCAAAUGAUCAAACAGACAAGGAAAAUAAUAUUGAAAAGCUUGAAGUUAUGUGACUUGAUUCUCACUGUGUGCCUUUGAUGCAUGUGUGCUAAAAUCUUCUUAGCCUGGUAUAUUUACUUUUAUGUUAAUAUAGUAACUUCUGAACUAUUCAAGAUCCCAUUUUUUAUUAAAUGAAAUGUUUAAUUAUAAGUAUAUAGCCCAAAAACAUUUCCUCUACUUAUUAAGAUCUGUGCUUCACAUUCUGCAGUGCUGUUGUGUAAUUUGGUAUACUCUACAGUAGGGGAAGUGAUACGCCUCCAAAUCCUGUACAAACUUAAAAUUUGGCUGUAAUUGGAAAUCUGGAUAUGCUUUUAUUUUAUUUAAAAAGGACUUAGGAGUCAUUCUAAGCUAUUAAAUUAACUUUGGACUAAAGCACUGCUGUCUUAUAAGCCAAUUAAAAUUGCAGAUUGGGAUGACUUUUUAGCAUAUGAUACAUUUUCGCAAAAGACUAACAUCUUUUUUUUAAAAAAAAUGGGGAUAUGCUGGAUGAUCUCAGACAUUGCAAAAGCUGUAACUGGUGACGUGUUUUUCCUUUGGAUUAGGAGGCCCAAUUGUGCUAACAAUUAUUCAUUGAUUUUAAAUGCACUAAUUGUUUAUUUAAUGGGAGAACAAAUCCAACUGCAAACUUCUGUUGUACAUUGGUAGCUUCGUAUCGCUGGCUGAGAGGCACAGUAGCUCAGAAAAACCUCAGUUUUUCUGAUUCUGCAAAGCAGAAGUGAGCAGAGGUCCAGACAGUUCCUUAAAUAUUAUUGGUCUUAUAACUGAAAAGUUUUAAUGUGAAACAAUAAAAUAAGAAAAGUAAUGAGAUGACAAUCCUUUUUCAGCUGUCAUAAGUAUUCCUGAUAGUGAAGACAUUGUCAGUGUUCAUUCCAAAAAUGAACUUGAAGAAAGAGAAGCAUUAGAUGAAGAUGGGUCAAAAGAAGCUGAGAGCGAAGAAAAUAUAGCAGUCCUGCAAGAGAAAACACCACUUAAUAUUGAACCUGCAAGUCAAGAAGUAAAUGUAAGGGCUUCAUUUAGCACUUUGGAACUUUCUUUGAAAUCUGUUUGGAAUUAUUGGUUUGCCAGUGUAAAUACCUUGGAUAUUUGUAAACUUUCACAUGUGGGACAGCGCUUAAGGAAGCAGCUGCAGGAGAAGACAGUUUUUGUCCCAGAGCACCCACAGAUGCAGAUACUGCUUCCCAGGGACCAUUUAUUUGCAUGCAUGCAACUGCUGAAAAACCAAUUCCAUGUGGCUGUGUUCCUAGAGCUGUACUGUGUGGAGCAGUGUACAAAUAGCUGAGUACAAUAGCUAACUUUAAACCAUUUGAAUAUUCCUCUAAAAUUGGAAGAACUCUUUUCAUUCAUUAAAUUUAUUGAAAUAUGUGUAUUGGAAUUAAAUUUAUAUACUUUUUGAUUUUAGCUUGUUGGUGAUGGAACACGUGAAGUACACAUCUCAGAAGCUGUAGUUGAGGCACUUCCGUACAAUGAGCUAUGUCCUUCAAGCAGUCUGAAAUAUCAGUACAGCAGUGAUGCUAUGGCGCAGCAAGUCACAUGUGACGUACUCAAGAAAGAUGCUGGUGAAUCUGACUUUACUGGAGGAGAUGGAGAUCUGCUGAUGUCCCAAAACAAUUUUACGUUACUAUUAGAAGGGGAUGAAGAAGCUGAGAUAGGAGAUUCUAGUGCAUUGCAUACUUCCCCUCUUAAAUCAGCCAGCGAGUUAGAGGGUGCCUGUGUAAAUAGUGCUGGAAGUAACAACCCAGAAUUCAUCACAAAUACGGUGUCUACUGUAACUAGUGAUCAGAUAUCACAGAAUACUGCUGAGGUGUUGCCUUAUGUACCUGAACCUAUUCAGAUGGCUAUUGCUGAGAACCUAUUGGAUGUAAUCAAAGACACAAGAAGUAAAGAAUUUUCAAGUGAGGUUGUGGACCAGUCUUUUCAUGAAAGCAUAAGUAAGAAGGUAUUAAGUUCACCACAGGCACCUCUGCAAAAUGUUACCGAAAUAAGUAAAGAUGUAAAAUUGAGUCAAGUUGAAGAUUCAGUGAUGUCUAGCACCAGCACUGUGGAACAGAUGGCACAAAAUGUAAAUGACCCAGUACCUGAUGGUCAGCCAUUGGGACAGAUGGAUAAACCAGAUCUGCUACUACCACCAACUCCAAGGAGAAGUGCUAGACGGGCAAAAGAAACAUUGAACAUUCCCGAAAGCCUUCCCCUUGGUUCUGAACAAGAACCUCAAGAAAAACAGAUAACACAGGUUCCUGCUUUCCCAGGCUUAGAUACUAAGGAAACAAAGGAGUGUGACUUAGAAAUAUCAACAAAUGUUCAUCCCAUCACACAGGAGUUUCAGGCAACCAUUGCUACAAGAAGAGGGGUUAGAAAACCAAAAGAGCUUGCAUCAGAGCUUCAUAAGCAUCCAAGUGAACAGCUACCUUCUGCUCGCAGAAGGACUCCUAGAAGCACAAGAAGUUUAGUAGGGGAUCAAGAAGGUAGUCAGUUUAUCAUUGACCAUACAAUUCAGAUGAUGGUAAAUCCUAAAAGUGCAAGAAAACUGAAAAGCAUUGCUUUCCACCUGGCAGAGAACGUGAUUUCAGAUCAGGAGGUAGAACCUCGUGAAGAGCAGCUGAGUACAAAACCAAGAAGAGGAAGGCCAAGAAAGCAUGGUGAACUGAAAGUGAUGGCCCAGUCAGAAACUGCAGCUGGGAAGCUGCCAUUACCAUCACCAGUUAGAAGGGGCAGACAUAGAAAGUCAAGUCUACCAGAAGCCAUUUCUGAACAUGACAUACAGCCAAGUAAACCACAGCUACCUGUAUCAACUGAGCAGGAGAGGGCGCGAAGCACAAGUAUAUCAGAAAUUGUUUCUGAUCAAGAGACUGGGCUUAUUAAACAGUUGCCUGUGCGACGAAGAGGCAGACCAAGAAAGAAUCCUUUGAAUGUGUCAGCAGAUUUGGGACUGGAGUUGUCUCUGUUGUCUCCUCCCCCAACACCUAGUCAAUCUUUUGUCACUCCUAGAAGAAAUACUAGGAGAGGAUCUGUUCAAGAAAAGACUCCAGUCGACACCACAAAGAGGAAAUCUGCAAGAAUUGCAUCCGUAAGAAUAGAAAAAACAAAUACAAGUAUAGAGAAAAUGGAUGCAGACAAAUAUGUUCUAGAAGAACAUUCUGUACAACCAAGUGAGGCAGAGACUUUAGCAAGGAGUUCUAAAAAGAGGCAGUCCAAGAUGACGGCAAUCAGAAAGAGAAGCCAGUUACCAUCUCUUUCUGAGGAAGGUACGGAGGAGGAGGAACACUUGCCGCAAGCAGCUGAGAUUGCAGUAGGAUUGCAUUCCACAGACAUGACCAAACAAAGGCUUAGUGAAACAGGGAAAACUUUGGCACAUCGUGGUACUCUUGUGAAAAGGACCAGAUACAGCAGAAAGAGUACGAAACAGAGUCCCACCCUGGAUACAAAUGAGACAUUCUGUUUUUCACCUCCUCUUACCAAACUGACAGAAAAAUCUAAAGGUACUUGAAAUGUUGCCUUCGGCUGUGUAAGGCUUUUUUGCUUAUUUAAAAUUGCUUACUAUGCAUGAAUUCCAUUGAGGGUAAAACAAAACCGGAGCAGGAUAAAUACUGGGGAUUUUUCUUAAAGCAAGACUGCCUAUAACCCUGCCCACAUUACUGCACGAUAUCAGUAUGCCAUCUACUGGGUAUGGAGCCUCUACCCCAUGGACCUAAUUAGGCCUGCUGGGCUCACCAGGCCGUUUUAAUCAACCCUCACAAACCUGACAUUGGCACAUAUAUAGGAAUUGUGUACCCAAAAGUUUCACCCAGUUGUGACUUCUAUGUAUUGCCUCAUCCAUUACAAAAAGACCCAGUUCAUGUGCCGGGGAGGCAUUAGGAUUCAUCUGUUCUGUAAAAUGUGAAGAGAGCCUUAGAAUGAGCUGACUUUCUGCAACAAAACAUUCCAAGGUCAUAGACCACAAUUAGUGCAAUAGGGUGUGGAGCAGCCCUCCAUAAGACAUUAGUUUUUACUUUGCCUUGUCCAUUUGCAGUCAGCUGGUACACUACUGCUGUAAUGACAGCACUGCAGCUUAACUGUCCAUUCACUUUAAAUCAGGGAGGGCCAGAAACUUAUCUCCCCAUUAGUCCCAGACCAAAUUUGCUAGGUGGGUGAGACUGUCAAUCAUCUGAUGUCACUAUUUUGCCAGGUGAUCCUUUGAAGCAGGAGGGUCAAAGAGGAGCAUGGGGCUGCUUGCCAAAGGACUUUCAAAUAUCACUGCUCCAGUUUUUAGAAGUUCAAGAAGCAUUGCUGAGAGGGAGAAGCAGGUUCAAUGAAAACUGCUUCCCUCUCUAGAGCAAGGUGCAACUGAUGGAUGGCGGAAGCGUGCCUUGCUUAGCAAAGAAACAGUUAGAGCUCACUUUAAGUUCCUGAUUGUUCCUUUACCCGUUGUGUGCCUGACAUUAUGUAUGACAGCUGGUUAAGGGAGGUUGGGCGUGGCUCUCCCAAAAUGGCCUGGUGGGCCAAGUAUGGCCCAUGGGCCAGAGGUUUCCCACACCUGCUUUAAAUGAAGACCCCACCUCUUUAAAUGGAGACCUGCUUCCAUCUCCCCUAAUGCCCCAGCUAUUCUCAGAAAAAGGGUAGGAGCAAAGCUGUGCUUUAUGACAUGUUGGCUACCAUGGCGUACAAGGUUUGAAGGGUCUUUGUGUAACAAAGCCAUGCCAGGUGUUCUAAGAAGCUUAAACAAAGAGUAGUUAAAUUGUGGGUAUAUGGAAAGCUGCUCUGCACCCUGCUUUCCGCUUAUUCAGGAUUGCAGAUAGAGUUGCAUGCCUGGAAUGCUUAGUUUCAAGUUCAAAAAUAAACGCAUGCUUUCUGAUUCUAGGUGAGAAAGCAGUGACGCCUGUGCUACUCAAAGAUUUCAAGGCAGACUUGACUUCUCAGUUUGUCUUCUCGCCCCCUGCUUUGAGAUCUAGGAAGAAAAAAGUGUCCAGUAUUUCAAGGAUUGUGGAAGAGUUGGUAAGUAAAACCUUUGAUCCCUUCUCCAAAGAUCUGAAGAGAACAAGCCAGCAAAUUUCUAGUGAAAGAGCCAGAUUCUCCCUUCUGACAUGAUGUAAUGAUUGGGAGAUCAAGCUUUCCACAUGUUUAUAAUUGCAAUGGACCUUUUCAACACCUUUUGCAGCUUGCUAGAACCAGCUUGAGGUGUUGCUUCUUGGGUGUCCAGGGCACUUAAUUGGUUUUAUUGGUUUUUACUGUUUUUUAAAGUGAUUAAUUUUAUUUAAGUUUUAAAAUGUAAUGGAAAAACUGUGGUUCUCCACGAUCAUGCUGGCUGGGCUGAUGGAACAACAACAAUUGGAGGGCAACUCAAAUGACAAGCGAAAACAAUAUACACAUCACCCCUUUGCUAUACAGCAAAUGACAAAUGGUUUCAAAGAUUAAAAGAUGCCAGCUUUUGCAAUAUUUAACACACUUAAAGCAAGCUUUCAGGUUCAUUGUAUAGCAUUUGAAGAACUGCUGACAGCAAGCAACACAGGGCAGUUAUGUUGCUUUUUUUAUCUUUAUUUGUCAAUAUGAGUAAUUACAUGGAAAAGCAAGGAGUUUGUAUUGAUAAAUUGGAUUAUCCAAUUUAAGACUGGAAGCCAUAUAUCAUUAUGGAACCAAUGGUCUCUAUCCAGCUUGUCUGUGUGGAAGGUCCAUACAUAAAGGAAAGGAAGCUGGUUUAUGAGUGAUGGGAGAGGCAAGAAAGAUGGGAAUAGAUUUUGAGUGUGAAUGUUUUAAAUUACUACUGUAUAGCACUGGUUUAACAGUGUCACUACUAAUGCCUACGUGUUUGUAUGUGGGCAAUAAAUUUAAAAAGUAAAUAAAAAGGAGAUGUCAGAGAAACAGUUUCACUUUGUGCAAGUUUACCACUCUACAUUUGUCCUUUAGGAAUUACCAGUUAAAGAGGAGAAGGAUGCAGUCUCAAUAGAAACUUCAGAGAAGCCGAAAGUAAAGAGAAGCAGAGCUACAAGGUCAAAAGCAAAAAAAGCAAGCAAGUAUGGGAUGAUUCUAUAUAUCCCCCCCGCAAAAAAAACACCUUGUUAUUUCAAAACCAGUCAUGUGCAGAAAUUAUCACAGUAAUGCAUUUGGCAUUUGGUAUCGUAAUAAAAAAAAACAUUAAUUUGGUCUUCUGUGGCCUUUCAAAUCUUGCCAGACUCCCAACUUCCACUAUCUUGGCCAUGUUGGCUGGAGGUGAUUGGAGUAGGGGUCAACAACAUCUAAAGGUGCCUCUGUUCUGUUGCCCUAAAGCAUAAGAAAUACUUUAUACCAAGUCAGGCCAUCAGUUCAUCUAGUUCAAUAUUGACUGUAACAGCAAUCUAGGUUUCAAACAGGACAUUUUUUCCUUAUGUGGAGAUGCUCAGGAUUGAACAUGGGACCAUUUGCAUGUACAGUUGUACCUCGUUUUGAGUCCGCCCUGUUUAGGGUCCAUUUCAUCGAAUGUCCGUAGCCAACCCAGAAGUACCGGAACGGGUUACUUCCGGGUUUGUUGCUCAUGCAUGCGCAGAAGCGCUAAAUCUCGCUUCACGUAUGUGCAGAGCAGUGCUUUGUCAGGCAUCCCUUUCGUUGAGCUUCCGGGACUCCAGAACGGAUCCCAGACGCAAAAGGAGGUACAACUAUACUCUAUUAUUCUCAGUAGUGGCGCCCACCCUGUGGAAUGCCCUCCCGCCAGAUGUCAAGGAAAUAAACAACUAUCUACUUUUAAAAGACAUUUGAAGGCAGCCCUGGUCAGGGAAGUUUUUAAUGUUUGAUGUUUUGUGUUUUUAAUAUGCUGUUGGAAGCCGCCCAGAGUGGCUGGGGAGGCCCGGCCAGAUGUGCGGGAUAUAAGAAUUAAUUAAUUAAUUAAUUACGACUGAGCCUACAGCUAAUUAUUCAGUCUUCAUUCAUCUGAACAGAAACAUAACUUGUCAGUGUAACCUCUCAUUCCUCUUCCUUGCAGAGUCCUAGAGAAAGAUAGCAGUUGGUCAACGCCACACAUGGAAAUUCAAUUCAUUUCUCCUUUUGGCACGCCAGUAGAUGGAGCAAAAAGCAAACAGAAGGAGUCUGUGGAUAAAGCAGAAAAGACUGUUCGUAAGACUCUUCAUAGGAACGAGAGAAUAACUAGCUUUCCAAAGCCAAUUGUUCAGAAGAAGAGGCUAUAA